AUGGGAAAAUCCUGGGGUAUUAAACUAAAUACUGCCCUAUGGAUAUACAAAGCGGUACUUGUACCGAGGUUAACAUAUGCUGCUGUUGUUUGGUGGCCCAGAGUGGAAAAGAUGGAAUCAAAGAACCUACUAAAAAGCCUACAAGGUAAUUACUUAAGGGCUGCGGUAGGGACUAUGAGAACGACACCAACAGAAGCGCUGGAAGUGGCACUCUGCAUUCCACCUCUAAGAUUGACUGUCAUCAGCGCUGCCAAACUCACAGCAUAUAGACUAAGGUGUCAGGGGGAGUGGAGAGAUUUCGGAGUAGGUCAUACCAGGCUUGAGUUUCUUCACAAACCUCCUUUUACCUUACAGCAAGAUAGAAUAUCCAGAAUACGCCAAGUGGACAAGGCGUUCUCCAUAAACUUGACCACUAGGGCGGACUGGAAAAACAAAAAUCUUCAGAUCCAGCUGGGCACUCAUGCAUGGUUUACUAAUGGAUCUGGAGCAAACGGCUGCUAUGGAGCAGGCAUCUACUGUCCAGGAUCAAAUCACAGAGAGUUUUUUUCUCUGGGUAAAUUGGCCACGGUCUUUCAAGCGGACGUCCUGGCUAUUCUGGAAUGUGCAAGACUCCUACUCUCAAGUGAGACGAAAACUAGGAGGAUCAAUAUCUAUACGGAUAGCAAAGCAGCCAUAGGAGCUCUUGCCAAGACCACCAUUGAAUCUUUAGUGGUUUGGGACUGUAUGCAAGCUCUACACAGAUUGGGCGAGCGAAACAACAUCACGCUUGUCUGGGUACCUGGCCACCAAGGUAUCCAAGGAAAUGAAGUGGCUGAUAGUCUGACAAAACUGGAUACCGUAGAGGAACCAGUUUGCCAGAUAGUUGGAGUUCCCUUUGCAACAAGGAAAAACCAUAUCAAGGACUGGCUGAAAAGGGAGCACAAAAUCUCUUGGGAGAUACUGAAGAGCUGCCGCCAAGCUAAGGCCCUGAUGACUCAGCCAUUGCCAGGUAGAACCAAAGAACUACUGACAAUGAAUAAGUACAGGCAAAGACUGUGUAUCGGUCUCUUCACAAGGCAUUGGACCUUCAAGGCACAUUUAUUCAACUUAGGUCUAGUUGAGGAGAGUAGUUGUAGAUUUUGUGGCGAGGAGAGGGAGGACAGCGUGCACAUAUUGUGUCGCUGCCCGUCUCUAGCACUCAAGAGAUUCAGAUUUUUGGGCUCCAUGUUUGUGGAGCCCGGGGACCUAAAAAUAAUUAAAAUCGGCCAUCUGUGUAGCCUGGCAGCAAAUGCCGGGGUUUUAGCAGCUUGGUCGAUUAACAACUAG